GGGAAGGAUUUGGUCGCGUGUGAGGGGAGGCAAAUAAAAAGAAAGAAAGCAGCCUUGAAAAAUGCCAGCCAUGAGGAGCUUGAGCCGAGCUGUCAAGCAGGUGCUGCAGAAACCUGGCUGUGGCUGUCAAGUUGCUGUUGUGCCGGUUAGGUGUCUUGGUUUCUCACCACGGCAGGUAGCUUCCGACGCCAGCUUUCACUCAGUGUCGUUCUCGGAAUCCGACCAUCCGCGGGUGUUAAUUACAGGGGGACUUGGCCAGCUUGGAGUAGGACUUGCUAAGCUCUUGAGAAAACGCUUUGGAAAGAACAAUGUAAUCCUAUCGGAUAUUAGGAAGCCCCCUGAUAAUGUCUUUCAUAGCGGUCCUUUCAUCUACUCUGACAUUUUGGACUACAAGAACCUUCGUGAGAUAGUGGUGAACAACCGGAUUACGUGGCUGUUUCAUUACAGUGCUUUGCUCAGCGCUGUUGGAGAAGCCAACGUCCCUUUGGCAAGAUCUGUGAAUAUCACUGGAUUGCACAACAUUCUUGAUAUUGCUGCUGAGCACAGCUUGAGACUCUUUGUCCCCAGCACAAUUGGAGCAUUUGGACCCACGUCCCCUAGGAACCCAACUCCCGAUCUCUGCAUCCAGAGGCCAAGGACAAUCUACGGUGUUUCCAAAGUUCAUGCUGAGCUCAUGGGAGAAUAUUACCAUUACAGGUAUGGACUAGACUUCCGGUGCCUAAGAUACCCUGGUAUUAUCUCAGCUGAUUCCCAGCCUGGUGGGGGAACAACUGAUUACGCCGUCCAAAUCUUCCACGAUGCGAUGAAGACGGGCAAGUUCCAGUGCAACCUCAAACCAGACACCCGCCUCCCCAUGAUGUACAUCGAUGACUGCCUGAGAGCUACCUUGGAGAUCAUGGAAGCCCCUGCUGAAGGGCUGAGCAUGAGGACAUACAACAUCAGCGCUAUGAGUUUUACUCCCGAGGAGCUGGUUCAAGAGGUCCAGAAGCAUAUUCCAGAACUUGAAGUUGCCUACAAAGUAGAUGCUGUCAGACAAGCCAUAGCUGACAGUUGGCCGAUGAUUUUUGACGACAGCAAUGCUCGCCAAGAUUGGGGAUGGAAACACGAUUAUGAUCUACCAGACCUGGUGAACACCAUGUUCAACUUCCUUGACUCAGCCCGCUCCAUUUCCAGGGUUGCCCAGGUCAACUGACUCUCCAGGUGUGGUGCAGCCUCAAGUGAUCAGCUGGCAAGACCUGGGCAGAGCCAUACUGAGUGUUCAUCUGUUUUGAAGUCUUGAAGCAGCACAGCAUCAGAACAUCAUCUUCUAGGAAGGCUUGCUCAUCUCUCCAUUCAUUUUUCUUCCUGUUUGCCCCCCAUCUCCUGUGCGCACACACACCGUAUACAUAGAUAAUUUCAAAAGCACUUCUGAAUGCUGUGUAGCUCCUGGGUUUCACAGAAAAAACACCAUUCCUGUCUCAUAAUGUGCAACUUGUUUGCCUCAGGCUCCAGCAGAUGUUCACAGGGACAUUCAUUCUCCCUCUUGAGUAUCUCUUCCAUGUCAUAAAAUAUUUGGCUUAGUUACUGGAUGAUAUUCUGUGGAAUUGUAUUCACAUAGAGAUAUUACAGGCUCUCACUGUCCGCACUUUCUGGAAACAAUUGGGGAUAUUUCUGUUCCGAUAGUCUUUCCCAGCUGGAUAAAUGAGUCUUUACUUCAUCCUGUUUUCACCUUGUUUUAAAUGUGUUUGCGUUCUUGACUUUUAAAUUAUUUUAUGUGCAAAUCUCCUUGAGUCUUUAUUCCAGGUUGCAGUUGAUACAU